GCAUUAAUGUAAGGGAUGGCGCAAGGAGGAAAGAGAGCCUGCACUGGCACUGGCCCGAUCCAAGGGGGAGGAUGGAGGGUUGGUCCGGGGGCGGGGCCCAGGAUGGUCCCACCCCGGAGCUGGCGGCUUCUCUCGGGCUCACAGACACCGCUUCUGUUUGUCUGUCUGUCUGUCCCUAGCCUGCCAGCUGAGAGCAGCCCGGGCACCAUGGCCGCAGCGGGCAGGGACAGGGUCGCUCACUUGCUGAGGCAGCUGCAGCGCGCGGCAUGCCAGUGUCCAACUCAUUCUCAUACUUAUUCCCAAGCUCCUGGACUUCCUGCUUCUGAAAAAACAACAGAUUAUGCAUUUGAGAUGGCAGUUUCAAAUAUUAGAUAUGGGGCAGGAGUGACAAAAGAAGUGGGCAUGGACCUUCAAAACAUGGGUGCUAAAAAUGUUUGUUUGAUGACAGAUAAGAACCUUUCCCAGCUACCACCAGUAGAAGUAGUCAUGAAUUCCUUAAUAAAGAAUGGCAUAAACUUUAAAGUUUAUAAUAAUGUCAGGGUGGAACCAACGGAUACAAGCUUCAUGGAAGCUAUUGAAUUUGCCAAAAGAGGAGCCUUUGAUGCGUUUGUUGCUGUGGGUGGUGGCUCUACCAUAGACACUUGUAAAGCUGCCAACCUUUAUGCAUCCAGCCCUGAUGCUGAUUUCUUAGAUUAUGUUAAUGCUCCCAUUGGAAAAGGAAAACCUGUCACUGUGACCCUUAAGCCACUGAUUGCAGUUCCAACUACAGCUGGAACUGGGAGUGAGACUACAGGGGUUGCCAUUUUUGACUAUGAGUGCUUAAAAGUAAAAACUGGUAUUGCCUCCAGAGUUAUCAAACCCACCCUAGGAAUAAUUGAUCCUUUGCAUACACUUCACAUGCCUCCUCGGGUGGUAGCUAACAGUGGUUUUGAUGUACUUUGCCAUGCAUUGGAGUCAUACACAGCCCUUCCUUACCAUAUGCGAAGCCCUUGUCCUUUAAAUCCAAUCAAUCGACCAGCUUAUCAGGGCAGCAACCCCAUAAGUGAUGUCUGGUCUCUACAUGCACUUCAAAUUGUCGCCAAGUAUCUGAAAAGAGCUGUCAAAAAUCCUGAUGACCUUGAGGCAAGAUCAAACAUGCACUUGGCAAGUGCUUUUGCUGGUAUUGGCUUUGGAAAUGCUGGUGUUCAUCUCUGCCAUGGGAUGUCUUACCCAAUUUCUGGUUUGGUGAAGACAUAUAAAGCAAAGGAUUAUAAUGUGGAUCAUUCUUUGGUGCCACAUGGCCUUUCUGUGGUACUCACAUCCCCAGCAGUAUUUACUUUCACGGCACAAAUGUUUCCUGAACGGCACUUAGAGACUGCAAAGAUUUUGGGAGCCGACACCCGCACUGCCAAAAUCAAAGAUGCUGGGCUUAUUUUGGCUGACACGCUCCGGAAAUUUUUGUUUGAUCUGAAUGUUGAUGAUGGCUUAGCCGCCAUUGGUUAUUCCAAAGCUGAUAUACCCGCGCUAGUCAAAGGCACGCUGCCCCAGGAAAGAGUAACUAAACUUGCACCACGUCCUCAGUCAGAAGAAGAAUUGUCAGCUCUAUUUGAGGCUUCAAUGAAACUCUACUAGUUUAAAUUUGAACACAAAGAAUUACCAUCAGCUAUCUUCGUUCAGAAGACAGAAGCUGCCCUCCCAGGAUCUUGAACUUUUCUCACUUACAAAUCAUCCCCCCUUCUUCUAUAACAACUGGCAAGAAAGUCUUCAAUGGAUAGAUCUUGUCCUUGGAUUAGGCUACCUUCAUGAAGCAAUCUAGAAAAACUGCCCCAAAGUCAUUGCUUCCUCAUUCAUGGUCGUCCUCAGGAGUAGCUCUCUUCUGUUUCCUCCACUAAUACAUCAAAAAGUAUAUGCCAAAUGACAUGGGGAGAAAUUUAGGAUUUUUGAAAUUUGGUAUUCUUGAGUUUUCAAAUUUUCAAAAAAUUUUUUUAAGUAUAGCAUAGGAUAUUUCUCUUUUGAGGAAGCAAUUACAUAAUAGGGAGCCAUCUAAGGAAGACAGACAAAAAGAGAGUCUCCUUUUUUCCCUUCUUUCUCUGUUCCUUCUCCCUUUGGCUUUUCCCCUUUCCCUUUUUUCUUCAUUCUCCACCCCCCCUUGCCUCACAUAAUCCUUCUAAUCUUUUGUUUUUUUUCUCUUCCAUGACUUUUGUUACCUGCAGUCUGAGCCAGGUAUAAACUCUUGUGAUUGUCACUUAAAGAAAACAAGCCGAGUGACUCAUCUAGUAAAAUCCACCAGAUUUUAUCUCCAAUUUUAAAAAAUUCUAGAUAUUUAUUAUUUCUCUGGAGCUAUCUAAUAAGUUGAGAGAGCACCAGAAUAUGAAAAGGGGAGGACUCCAUGAAGAUAUGCUUUUAUGUCUGUCACCUUUUGGUUCAUGAAAAAUUCCAAAAACACUAAAAUUGAAGAGAAUCAAGGAAAAUCACAAGAAAACAAUAUUAAGGCUCCUGAUCCUCCAGUAUAGAUGUUCUUAACCUUUUUUUGUGCUAUGAACUGCUUUGGCAAUCUAGUGAAGCCAAUGGACCUCUUCUAACAUUUUUGAAUGUAUAAAAUAAAUACAUAGAAUUACAAAGAAAAACAGUUAUAGAAAUAUGGCUAACUAUACAUUUGUUAAAAACAAAUCCAGAGAGCACAGAUUAAGAACCCUUAAAGUAGUGAACAGAAUAUUCUUUGAGAGGAACAUUUACUUUACUCUGGAAGUAAAGGCCCAUAAAAUGCCUCUUUGGUCCAGAAUAAAUUAAUUGAAAGAGGAGCAAUUGAGUCAGAACCCUGCCCUACAUAUAUAAGAUAAAAAUCCUGAAUAUUAAACAAUUAUUCCACUCAGUCACAACUAGCCUUCAAAAACUUCUUCAGCCUUUUUGUCCUUGACUAGGGCCAUAGCAGUAGUUCAUGUUAAUGGCAUCAGUGUCCUGAAAAGGGGCAGUAUAAUAUUGGUACUGUGAAUCAUAUUUUUAAAUUUUUUUUAACAUUUCAAAAUGUGCAUGUAUGACUAAAUAAUGUAUACAUAAAUAUUACAUUGCUAAGAAAAAUAAAGGAAGGAGACAUUAUAGCAUCUCCCAAAAGCUAUACUA